AUGAACAAACUCAAAUCCUUCUUCCGUCACAAGGAAUCUCCCCUCCCACCACCUCCCUCUCUCUCCCAGGAGAUCACCCUUCUUCCCGACUCUGAAACAUGGCAAGGCAACCUCCCUUGUGUCCACGGUCCCAACGACGGCUGCAACAAACACAACCCGGCCCGCAACCCCAUUCUCUUUGACUCGUCCCUCCUCCCCAGCGGCUCAAAGACCAAACCCUCCAGCAAUCAACCCCCCACCGACCCCUUCCCUUCCUCCUACGCCUUCCACGAGAUUUGGUCCACCCUCAGCAAAGACCCCUCCCUGGGCUGCCUAACCACCCUCCCCCCAAUCCACAAAUCCCUCCCCCUCUCCAUCUCCUUCUACCACCUCUACGAGCUCCUCAGAAAACACCGCACCAACACCCUCAACCCCUCCGAAGACUUAGGCACCCUCGCCUGCGCAGCCACCACUGGCUCCAACCCUUCCCUAUCUUGGGUCCUAACCCCCCUCAUCACCGCCCAAAAAACCCUCUACCUCGAGUUCGCCCUCGCCUUCAUCCUGCAGACCGACCUAGGCGGCUGGACAGAGGCCACCACCCACGGGCACGCCGUCGUCAAGAACGGCCUCAUCGGCUCCGGGUACAGGGACUUUAAACCCUGCUUGCACACCCACAUCAAGUUUACGAGCGUCAAAGGGGAAGGGAAGAACCACGUGCGGUACUCGGCUGUGAAUUUCACUACCACUGACUCGGAGGGAGCGGAGAAGAAGCACGAGUGGAAGAGUGAGGAGGAGGAAAAGAAAAUUGAGGGUUUGUUUUGCGGGAAGUGCUACACCGAGACCGUCAUGAGGAUCAGACUAAUUGGGGACAAGACGCUGGUGAGCGUGCAGGUGUACAAGGACUUGGGCGAGGGGCUGCAUCCUGGUGAUGGAAAGUGGUUGAGCUUGGUGAGACCGGAUGUGGCAAUUCAGAGGGACAAGAGUGACUUUAUGAGGAUACCCAAGGCAUUCGAGACUGUCCUGGAAGAUGACCAAGACAAUUAG